AUGGGGGAUUUUCGUCCUAUUUCUCUCGCAAAUUUUCAAUUUAAAAUUGUUGCGAAGAUUUUGGCGGAUAGGUUGGCAGUUAUCUGUAGGCGCAUUAUUUCACUGCAGCAACAGGGCUUUGUUCGUGACCGUAACAUCUCUGAAUGUGUUAUACUUGCCUCUGAGGUUAUCAAUUCGCUAACAAAGAAGCAGUUUGGUGGUAACAUAGUCAUCAAGGUGGACAUCCGCAAGGCCUUUGAUACUCUUGAUUGGAAUUUUCUUUUGGAGGUUUUGAAGCGAUUUGGGUUUACUAAACUCUCUAUAUUGGUGAAUGGAAACGCGGUGGGAUACUUCUCUUGUUCUAGAGGUGUACGCCAGGGGAAUCCCCUCUCACCGCUACUCUUUUGUCUUGCAGAGGAGGUUCUUAGUCGUGCUUUGGAGUUGGUGCGGACUUCUAAUAAUUUGCAGCCAAUGUCUUACUGUCGAGGCUGCCCCAUCUUCCAAGGUAAGCCCAAGUGUAUAUAUUUCCAACCUAUUGUGGAUCGCAUCAAAGUGAAGCUCGCUACAUGGAAAGGAGUUCUCCUGACUAUUAUGGGUCGAGUCCAAUUAGUUAAAUCGAUUGUGCACAGUAUGCUGGUGUAUUCUUUUCAUAUUUAUCGAUGGCCUAUCCGUUUUGUGACGAUGUUGGAUCAGUGGAUAAAAAAAUUUGUUUGGAGUGGGGAUAUUUUUACUCGCAAAAUCUACACGGUUUCUUGGAAACAAAUCUGCCUUCCUUGGGAGUCUGGUGGUCUUGAUUUGAAAUCCACCCGCUCUACUAACUCUACUCUGUUAUUGCAUCUAAGUUGGAAGCUCUUCACGCAAAAUACUCAAUGUUCUCAGAUUUUACAGCAGAGAUUUCUUUCCUUUGGAUUACCUCGCAAUCGUUACAUCAAGUCUUCCAUUUGGCCAGGUGUGAGGGACUUCUUACCGAUGGUGAAUGAGAAUUCAGUUUCGAUUGUGGGCCUAGGUACUGCUAUUAAUUUAUGGAUGGACAAUUGGUCGGGUAUAUCUUUGGCAGCGCGCCUGAAUGUCCUUUCUCAUAUGUUCCCUGCCCUCGAUGCGAAGCUGGCCUCGAUUAUUGUUGCUGGAAAAUGGAAAAUACCUAUUGUUCUCUGUAAUAUACCACUACUGGCUGAAGCUAUAUUAAGUAUCGUGAUACCGGUAACCCCCUUGGAAGAUAGGCAUAUUUGGAAACAUGCUUCAGAUGGUGUGCUGACUUCCAAGUUGGCGUAUCAGUUCUUGCUCCCUCCCUCGUCAAGCACACUUGGCCAGAAGCCAUAUGGCGCGCUUCAACGGUGUAGCUCUCAGAUGCAAGAUGUUUUAGCUUCAGCAAUUAUGCAUACGGUUUAUGCCAUCUGGUUGGCAAUAAACUCUAUUCGUUUCAGCUCUGACAAAGUUUCUAUUCAUGCUACUAUGUCCAAAAUUUCCUCCAUGGUUACUUUUUCCGGGUCUAAUUCCACCAGUAAUUGCUUGCCAACUGAUGUUGUAAUUUUGCAGAAUUUCAUGAUCCCUCCCUCUCAAAGGCGUGUGAAGGAAAUUCUUACGGUUUUUUGGAAGCCUCCCACCAUUAACUGGAUUAAGGCAAAUACUGAUGGUUCGGUUAUUAAUUCCAUAUCUACUUGUGGUGGAAUUUUCCAGGAUUUUCGUGGUACUUAUCUCGGUGCUUUUGCUAGCAAAAUAGGAGAUGGGUCGGUUUCAAGCAGAGAUCAUGGGAGUCAUCAUUGCUAUGGAUUAUGCUUCCCUCUCAAAGAGUGUGGUUAG